GUCCACCGGCAAGGGGAAAUUAAAAAUGACGGCCGUGGACCUGUGGAGAAGGAAAGACGGCUUUCGCUGGGUGAAGUCUGACAGAUGAGGAACAGAGUGAAAAUGAUGGAGAAGCUGAAGAGCCCCGCGCCCCCUGCUCUCCCAGAGGAGUCAAACCCUCCCCCCUCUGUUUCCCCACCCCCCACUCCUUCUCCAGCCAGUGGGGAGGAUGUGGCUGGAGCCAGCCCGCCCCCUGCGAGCCCCACCUCUCCCUCUCCUCAGACCAGGGGGAGUCCUUUGCCUGAGCCCCCCUCCACACCGUUGCCCCACGGCAUCCCGGUCAUCAGUCUGGGCCACAGCAGGCCCCCCAGCCAUGCUGAAGCCCCCGCCACCCAAUUCACCGCCCUGCGCCCCAUCCCUGGCCUUCUGCAGCUCUCCACUCUGCCCCACGGGCCCCCUCCGCCCCCCAUGCCUCUCGCUGGAGCCAGAAGCCCGCUCUUGCCCCCGCCCUACCAGCCCCACCCCUUCCUCAACAGCAUCUACAUCGGCAGCUCCGGGACUUUUGGCCUGUUCCCUAACAGCCGCCUCAAACGCAGGCCGAGCCACUAUGAACAGGAGAUCACGGAGGGUCUGCAACCCCAGAAAGUGGCCCGCCGGGUCUUCACCAACAGCCGGGAGCGCUGGCGCCAGCAGAACGUGAAUGGGGCCUUUGCCGAGCUGCGGAAACUCAUCCCUACCCACCCGCCUGACAAGAAGCUGAGCAAGAAUGAGAUCCUUCGCCUGGCCAUGAAAUACAUCAACUUCCUGGUCAAACUGCUGAGCGACCAGGCCAGGUCGGCCGGGGGGGACCCUCUCGAUGCCGAGGCCCCCUGCAACGGAACCCCGGGCACCCCUUCUCCACCGGCGCCCAUAAAGCUGGAACGGGGGACAGUGGAGCCACUCACCGUGGUGCGAGAAGGAGAGACACGGUGA